AAAACAAACACGUUAAUUAGUUAUCGACGUACGUUCGAUUAGUUAUCAACCAAUGAAACAAACACGUCGAUUUUAUUUUCGUUCUUAGCCCAGAAACUUCUCGAUAGUCUGCACAAUACAGUCUACGCACUACCACUUUGAAAUCGUUCCACAUAAAUACCCGGCGCGGAGAGCGAAACUUCAGUCACAUUUCAGAUAUCGAAGGGAUCGAAGAAGUGCGUAUCAACCGAGUAUUUCGUACCCAAGCACACGAGUGAAAUUUUCGAGUGCAGGAAGAGAAAAAGUAACGUAUUCAUCGAGUCUCAAGUGAACCGCAAAAUGUCGCCAAUGUUACCGUUGUUGCUGUCCGCCUGGUGGGCGGAAAUGGAUCAUCCGCACCGUAUCAUGGAUCAAAAUUUUGGAUUGGGCCUCUACCCUGGCCAAGUGAUGUUUCCUAGCGCGAUAGACAGUUUCUACCCAGCGAGCAAAUCAGCCAUUAACUUGUACCACAAACAACUGUCCGAUCUGAUGCAAUAUGGCGAUACCGGUACUGUGUCUGUCACCGAGGAUAAGGACACUUUCAAGGUGAUCCUCGAUGUGCAGCAAUUCAAACCGGAUGAAAUCACCGUGAAGCUUGCUGGUAAAUUCAUCGUGGUGGAGGCGAAGCACGAAGAGAAGAAAGACGAACACGGCCUGAUCUCGAGGCAGUUUUCGAGAAAAUAUUUGCUACCCGAAGAAGCGAUCACAGACCAGCUGUCAUCGAACAUCUCGUCGGAUGGAAUUUUGAUGAUCACGGCCCCGAUGAAACCAUCCGAAGAAAAAGAAAACGAACGAACGAUCAAGAUCGUGCAAACGGGUAAACCUGCUAUUCGUAUCGACACCACGGAAUCAUCGACAACCCCUUCCAACACUGUGAAUCCGACCACCACCUCCCAGGAAUCCAGUAACCGUGAAGAAACGACAGAAGCCACGGAUCAACAGACACCUGAGAAAUGAGACUUAAUCUGCCAUAUUUCCAUUAUAAUUUAUAUCUUGUUAUUUUUGAUACACAUUAAGAAUUUUUAUAUUUGAUAUGUAUGAUGUUAAACGCUUGCCAGGUCCAAUAAUAGAGCGUUAGUGUGUUCUCUUUUUUUACGACUUUUAAUAAAAAGACUAAAUUAACCAAAUGUAAUUCUUUGAUCCU